AUGUUUUCCUUCAUGGUGACCUUGAUGAGGACGUCAACAUGUCCUUAUCUUCAAGUGUCAGAUGAAAGGGUGAGACACAAGUAUGCAAACUUCAUAAAUCAUUGUAUGGGCUCAAGCAAGCCUCGCGUCAAUGGAAACAACCUACAAGAAAUUGAAGAGACCAAUUCAUUCCUAAUGGAGAAAUUCAAAUUCAAGGACCUUGGUCCAUUGAAAUAUUUUUUGGGCAUAGAGGUAGCCCGUUCUAGCAAAGGAAUUGUCCUCUCACAACACAAGUAUGCUCUUGAAAUACUUGAAGAUGCUGGAUAUCUUGGUGUGAAGCCAGCAACCUUCCCAAUGGAGCAGAAUCUAUCUCUCAGCAAGAUGAAGACUCCACACUUAGAAGCAGCCUAUAGUCUUGCGUUAUCUCAAACACACACCAAAGCAAGAUUGGGCUCGAUGUCGUGA